CGUUGCGUCGCUACUGGCCGCCCUGGGCAGGAACGGAACGCCACGGCUGUUGCUUGGUUAGCUGCGGGGGCAGACGGCUUCUUCUUCUCAGUAUUUCCAGGAGUUAAUCACCAAAUAGUAAACUUUUGAGCGUAAAUACUAACCUCUCUUCGCUCAGCAACUCGCAGGACAAUGAAUGGGAAGUCAACGAACGGUUCGCCGGGGGGAAUGGCCUGCAUCGAGGGUCUGCCCCCCCUGCCGAAGAGCCUGAGCGGCUUGCUGAACUCGAGCGGCGGCUCCUGGAGGGACAUGGAGAGGAUGUACGUGAAGAAGACCAUGAUCCAGGACGACCUGAGCCGGGGCAGGAACCACACCGACAACCUGCUGGCCAACAAGCCGGCCAACCUCGACGCUGCUCUGGCUCUCCUGCGGAAAGAAAUGGUGGGGUUGCGUCAGCAGGACAUGUCCCUGCUGUGCCAGCUGUGGUCGCUCCACGAGUCGAUCCAGGAGUACAAGGGCAGCUGCCAGGACCUGAGCGCCGCCUCCAGCCUCAGCAUGAUGGAGAACGGCUACUUCGACGAGGACGACGAGUACUACCCGGAGUCUGGCACCACUCCCACCGGGGAACAUCCGGACGGAGAGGUCGGAGACGGCAUGGCAACGAUGGCAGGGGACAAGAACGGGAGCAUCAGCGGCAAAGACGACAGCUGGGACUCCUUUCACGUCACCAUCUGAGGCCUCGUUCUCACCUUGUUUCUGCAGAUGGAUACAUACUUUAGGGGUGAGAGACUUGAGUUGCUCAGGAAGCCUUUGGGCCUCCAAGAAGGAUCUGGUUGAUUAGGGGUAGCAGUUUGUGGUAUGGAGUUACCAUGAUAGACUUCAGUUUAAGUUCAGCUCCUCCUCAGAUGAAACACGUCCCCUUUUUUUGUGACCAUGACCAGGAGCUUCAGAGACCUUGGAACUGAGAGGCCGGGUGUUUUGACAAGCAGCUUGCUCUCAAACUCAGGAGUUGAGACAAGACUCCAUAUACUCAAAAUAUAGGC